GCCCGCCCGCCGGGCCGCGCGCCGCUCCUCCCGAGGCAGCCGAGCCGCCCGCGCGCCGCCCGUGCCCUUGUGAGGCUGGCAUGCAGGAUGGCCGGCCAGCCCAGCCACAUGCCCCAUGGAGGGAGCCCGAACAACCUCUGCCACACCCCAGGGCUGGCACACCCCCCUGACCCACAGAGACACCCAAACACCUUGUCUUUUCGCUGCUCGCUGGCCGACUUCCAGAUAGAGAAGAAGAUAGGCCGAGGACAGUUCAGCGAGGUGUACAAGGCCACCUGCCUGCUGGAUAGGAAGACCGUGGCUCUAAAGAAGGUGCAGAUAUUUGAGAUGAUGGACGCCAAAGCCAGGCAAGACUGCGUCAAGGAGAUCGGCCUCCUGAAGCAAUUGAACCAUCCCAACAUUAUCAAGUAUUUGGACUCGUUUAUUGAGGACAAUGAGCUGAACAUUGUACUGGAGCUGGCUGAUGCGGGUGACCUCUCCCAGAUGAUCAAGUACUUUAAGAAGCAGAAGCGGCUCAUCCCGGAGAGGACUGUGUGGAAGUACUUUGCACAGCUGUGCAGUGCCGUGGAACAUAUGCACUCUCGCCGGGUGAUGCACCGAGACAUCAAGCCUGCCAACGUGUUCAUCACAGCAACGGGGGUCGUGAAGCUUGGUGACCUUGGCCUGGGUCGCUUCUUUAGCUCUGAGACCACUGCAGCCCACUCCCUAGUGGGGACACCUUACUACAUGUCACCAGAGAGGAUUCAUGAGAACGGCUACAACUUCAAGUCUGACAUCUGGUCUCUGGGCUGUUUGCUGUACGAGAUGGCAGCUCUCCAGAGCCCCUUCUAUGGAGAUAAAAUGAACCUCUUCUCCCUCUGCCAGAAGAUCGAGCAAUGUGACUACCCGCCUCUCCCUGGAGAACAUUACUCUGAGAAGUUACGAGAACUGGUCAGUAUGUGCAUCUACCCUGACCCCAACCAGAGACCGGACAUCGGAUAUGUGCACCAGGUUGCCAAACAGAUGCACGUGUGGACUUCAAGCACCUGAACAUGGGCGCAGCGGGCCUUAUCAGAGCCGCACCAAUCUGCCUUACUUGAGUCUUCUUUCCAAAGUGGCCGCCUGGUAGCCUAGACCAACUAAGACCAGAGGGUUCGGCAGGUUCCUGAGGGGGCCGGCUUUGACGCAGACGCUGAAAGCAGAGCAGCUGGGGGGAGGGGCACCAGUCACACGUUAACUGGUGGUCACAUUCGAAAGUCCUUUCUUUAAACUGUCUGUGGACAAUCUCAGCUGGGUUGUUACCAAGGGUGGGUGGU